AAGAUAAAAGAAAUAAACAUGGCGUCCAGUGCCGCGACCCGGACAGCCGCUGGUGCUGCUAAAGUUGUCAAACCGAUUUUCAGCAGGGAUCUGGAUGAAGCCAAGCGCCGAGUUCGGGAACUAUAUCGUGCCUGGUACAGAGAGGUUCCAAACACAGUGACUACCUUUCAGCUGGACAUCACAGCUCGCCAGGGAACAGAUAAAGUGAGGGAGAUGUUUGACAGGAACAAGCACGUCAAUGACCCCCGUGUGAUUGACAUGCUUGUCAUUAAGGGUAAGAUGGAGCUGCAGGAGACCAUCAAUGUCUGGAAGCAGAAGACCCACAUUAUGCGCUAUUUCCAUGAGACGGAGGUACCACGCCCUGCAGACUUUCUGUCCAGAUUUUAUGUUGGACAUGACAAUUGAACUGCUCCCUGUACUUUCCACCCUGUUUUGUCCAGUGUAACAGAGGCUUCCCCUUAUUUAACUGUAAAUAUACACAUGAUACCCAAUCUUGUCAAGUCCUCAUUGUACAAAUGUUUUCAUUUUGUGAAGUCAUGGGACUGUUACUUCCCACUUGAAGUUGGAAGGCUCUCCUUGUGCACUGCAUAGCGAUUCCUCUGCGUUGCCACAGUAGAGAUGCUUUAAUGUGAUACAGAAGUGUUUGUGCAAACUAGCCCUUAUGAUCACCAAGUUCAGAAGAUGGAUGCUGAGACCAAGGAAUAUCAGUAUGGUUGUCAUGGACCCUGUGUUUACCCUGUACCCACUCCAAUUCAAUAAGCCAGUUAUUAGUUGAUAAGCCUCUGAAUAGUUUGAAUUGUCAUGAAUGACAUGCCACUGACGGACAUUACAUUUAGGUCGACUUUAUUAGAGCAGUUCAUCAAAAACAAAUGCAACAGGUUGGAAUAAAAAGCACCAAGGGUUCUUGAUAACCUAUAUCAGAAACCAGAUAAAUAGGGACACCUAUGCAGGCCUGUCACCUGAUUUAAGGCCUUCCCAAAUAAAUCAAUAUCCCCAGAA